AGCAGAGUCUUCACAAUCACAUUUCGUCUUCUCAAUCUCUCCGAAACGUUUCUUUUUCCUUGCAAUCAUGGCCAGACCCCAACAACGCUAUCGAGGCGUCCGCCAGAGGCACUGGGGCUCCUGGGUCUCCGAAAUCCGCCACCCUCUUCUGAAGACAAGAAUAUGGCUGGGGACGUUCGAAACGGCGGAAGAUGCAGCCAGAGCCUACGACGAAGCAGCGAGGCUGAUGUGUGGGACUAAGGCACGAACCAAUUUCCCGUACAAUCCCAACGAGCCACAGUCAUCUUCCUCAAAGUAUCUCUCUGCAACUUUGACGGCCAAGCUUCACAAGUGUCACAUGGCCUCGCUCUCUCUUCAAAUGGCCAAUAAGCAGAAACAGCCUCAGCAGCAACAACAAACACAGAGGCCUCAUCACUCUGAUACUUUUUGUAACAGCCCAUUUACUUCCUCCGGCAAUGCCAUUGCCGGAACGAGCUCCGACUCUGGAUUCCGGUGGCCGGAGAUGAGGCCGGAGGAGUCCCAGUGGGUGGUCGAAGGCCAAAGCGAAGAAGUUGGACCAGUUCUUGAAGAUGAUCACAUAGAACAGAUGAUUCAGGAAUUGCUUCAUUGUGGCUCCAUUGAACUCUGCUCUCUUGGCUCAGCCUAGCUUCCAAAAUUAUCAUUUAAUUUAGUUAUAAUCAUUGGAGUGGUUGUUAUCAGUUCUCCCAAAAAAAAAAAAAGAAAAAAGUUGUAAUGUAUAAAGAAAAUCAUUUAUAAAUCUAAUAACAUGCUCUUGAACAA